AUGGGUUGUUGCUAAAAUACACCUUUAUAGGAAAAGGAACCCAUUAUAAUCACACAAUUAAGUAUAAAGAAAGAAUUCUCGCCAAAAACAUUAUAAAUGGAGCCUUUCUCCUUAAAUUUAAUUAAGGGAGAUGUUGGUUGUAUAGAAAGGUUAGGAAGCACAUGUGCGGAUAAUAUUUUAGUAGAAUAAUAGCAUGGCAAAGUGGAUAAAUAGUUCAGUGAACCAAUUAAAGGACAAGUUACAAUAGAUUUGAGAUAGACUCCCAGUCCCUCAUUAUUGGCCAAGGAUAGAAACAAUAGAAAUUUAAACAAUAAAUUUAUAGGAAUGCUAUGA